UGCCUUGUGGGAUGCGAGUUGAUACGAGCCUUUGGACACCGUGGUUUAUGGACAGACGGUUAGCAGACGCCGCGCGGAAAACGCGACUCGAUGUUACAACUCCAUACCACGAAACUACGUCUUUGACGUUUGAUUUGACGUCACUACAACAUGCAUUCGAAAAAGAAACUCUGUUUGAUCGCUUUUGUGUCUACGUGUUUGGAAAUUUUAGCGACCCCGGAACCCAAUACAUCAUUGUUCAAACAAACUCCCAACGCAUCUUAUAAUGAUAAAACAGACUUAAGCAGUAUUGCUUCCAUUUUCUCUCCUCGUAUGGACUUCGAUCAAUGGAAACCAUUGACUGGUCGUGGAGAUCCCCUACGCAAUGAUCCUACUUACGAUUACGAACCACCGGUUCUAGAAAGAGUCCAUUAUUGGGCUGAUGAUAGCCGAUCGGAACGUGAAAAAUAUCCGGAGAGAAAGUCCGAAGUGCUCGUUUUAGGAGUGUCUUCACGCAAGCCCAGUGUCGCGUCAAGGCCACCCGUGCCUACGCCAUCCAGAAGACUGACCCGGCCACCAGGGUUUUCUAACAAAUACGAAGAUUAUACUUACAAAUUUGGUGAACAUUAUCCAAUGACAAUACUUGUACCACCGCCACCACCUCCAGCUGGUCAAAAACCACCUCUAUUUAUACUCAAUGAUGAUAAAUUCGCUCUGCCAACAUUCCCUCCGAAACCUACCGAUUCAACUCAAAUCAUAAGAGAUACUACAACUACACCGGAACUUAUAACCUCUUAUGCAUUCCAAGAAGCUAAUCUCAUUUAUCAAGAAUCUACAUUGAAACAACAAAAUUGGUUCAAUAGCGUCAACAAAACAACAAGCCUCCCCAAUAAUACAGUGAGCAGUGAUUAUGCUGGCUGGGGUCCAACUACACCCUUCGAUGAUGUCAAUGACUCGCAUAACAUUAUAUCAUACAAUGAUCACCAUAACAUAGAGUUUACAAAAGAACCGCUCGCAUACUAUAAGCCAAUGUUUUCACAAGCUCCACCGUUGCCAGAAACAACUGAAAAAACUAUAACAUCGCCAGCAUUUUUGCCGACAGUACUUCCACCUCUAUCUACUAACAGUGAUGUCAAUGAAGAUUGGCCAUCAGUAGAAACAACGCAAGAGACAUCAACUGAGACUCAACAUUACUAUAGGGAAACAACGACGGAAAAAGCUACAACACCAUCUUUUCAUCCCACGCCUGCUCCAGUGAAAUCCCAAUCAAGUAUAAUAAAUAUGUUAGGUUCGAUGAUAUCUAUGCCUAUGGUAACAGAUCCCGAUAGACCAGAAGACCAUUUGUAUGCACAUGCAUCAAAUACCGUUCAAAUAUUUAAAGAACAUACAACUGAAGAGGCUGAUUUAGAAAAAAUGCAAACAAUGCAACCACCUCCACCAAUAAAGCAUUCAGAAACCGUAACAGAAACACCGAGACAACCAUUCCACAUAAAUCCGCAUAUAUUAAACAAUUUUAUACAUGAAAAAGCUACUGGUCACACCAACGAUCCCUAUCUGCAUAUGCGUUUUACAACACCACCUCCUACUGUGACUGAAGCCCAAACUAUACCAACUUAUUUAAUUAUACAAGGUCAUUCUAAAGUAAAAACCUACGGUUCAAAACCAAAACCAUUAAGUGGGGCUGGGAAUAACGAAAUACAAAAACCAAAUGAAACCAACGAAGUGAAACACCUCCAUCCUAUUAAAGAUAAAUAUUCCAAGAAGACGGAAAAAAUCGAUCCAAGCAGGGAAAGUAGAGCGAUAAACUUAAAAUCACUUGUGGAUAAUGGUCUCGGUUCUAUUGAAAUCCAGGAAGCCGAUGUCGGCAUCAAAUACGAUGUUAGUGAUGGUAGUAAGGUGCCUAUAGAAAUAUAUAGAAAAGGAAUAGUUGACAGUGAUGAAAAUGAUUACUCGCAUAAACAUAAGCUUUCAACAAACGAAAGAACCAAGAGACAUAUAAAUAUAGAAAAUAUAUUGUCGAUUGAAGAUUCCUUAGAAGAUGACGUAUACGAUUUAUUUUCAAAUAAGAAAAAUGGCACCGUAUUUUCAAAACUAAUUUCUGAAGAAAUUUUAAAUGACGAUGAUGAUGAGAGCACAGAUGAUAGAUGAAGGAACUAGCUCCUUUCUAAUUGAUAGCCAAUUCUACAAAAUUGAUGCCAAAAACCGAUUGUUUACAAAAUUUUAUACACAUUCAUUAAGUACUAGAAUUUUAAUCGGAAACUAAAAAGUUGGUUAUAAUAGAAUUUGAAUUUUUUUAAUACAUAAAAUGUAUAUUUAUUGUUGUAAUUUGGAAAGUUAAAAUGAAAUUAAUUUACUUGUUUUAUCCUAGAUAAUAAUUUUAACGCGAUUAUGUCCCACCGUAUAAAACGAUUAACGACUUUUGAUGUAAAACAUUACAUUGUUUUUGUCAAAGAUGACGAAAUGUGAAGAAAAAAUGUAAUGUUGCUAUAUUAAUGAUAAAUUUAUUUAUUUCUGCAAUUAUUUCAAAAUAUUUUAAAGUAUACUUAUUUCCUGUGCCAGCAUACGUACGUUUUAGAAAAUAUAUAGAUAUUAAUAUUAAUAUGUUAAAAGUA